AUGAGCAAGACGAAGAAGACGGAGGGUGCAGGCAAGGAGGAGCUGAGCGAAGGUCUGUCUAGUAGCGAUCUGAGCAGCCAGUCCAUGCAGAUCCUUGACGAGGACAUCAAGGUUGAUGACAUCGACGAAAAACUGCUCAGGCGCUUCCUCCGAGCACACCAGAUGGAUGCCGGCAAAGCUGCUCACAAGCUGAGGAGAUUCUUUGCUUGGAAGGAAUCGUGCAGCUAUGGGCUAGACUUCCCGGUGAAGAAGAUCGAUCAGACGUCUCCUGGAGUGCAGAGGCAGUUGAGUACAGGGAAAUGCUACAUACUGAGGGCUCGAGACAAGAACAACCGUCCUGUGAUUGUGGUCAACGUGAAGCAGCACGAUCCCAACUUUCAAACUUACGAUGAGCUUACUAUCUUCGGCGUCUACCUCCUGAACUCCGCCGAAGCCCUUCUUGCCGACGAUGGAUCGUCGGGACCAGAUCAAUUUCUGAUCAUCUUCAACCUGGAGGGUAUCACUGCGUCCAACAUCGACUACCGAGCGGCCAAGCGCGUCAUCUACAUGCUCACCAACUUCUACCCCGAGCGGAUGGGGGUGUGCCUCCUCCUCUCUGCCCCCGUGCUCUUCUCUGCUUUCUGGGUUGUCAUCCGCCCAUGGCUACAUCCUGUCACUCAGGCGAAAGUGAAGUUUGCCAAGAAAAAUGAUCUCAAGGAAUUCCUUGACGUCUCUCAACUCCCCGUCGACCUGGGCGGGGAAGAUGCCUACAAGUACUUCUGA